AUGACAAGCCUGAGAGUUUGUGCUACUGAGGUUGCUAAUACGGAUUUAAAUUUGGAGGAAACAUUUUCUAUUCAUGCUGGGAUAGCACAUACCAGGUGGGCAACCCAUGGAGAGCCAUCUUCCAGAAAUAGUCAUCCUCAGACUUCUGUUGAGAGAUCAGCCACUUUGCCGAAAAUGAGUUCUCAUCAAGGGCUCUUUGUUGUGGAAUCAUCAUUGAGUGUCAGAGUCUUGAUGCAAGUGCUAAAGGAGACACUGCUUCGGCAAAGAUUUACCUUUGAAUCUGAAACAGAUACAGAGGUGAUUCCAAAGCUUGCAAAAUUUGUAUUUGACAAAGCAAAUGAAGAUGGUGAUCAGACUGCAACCUUCAGUGAAGUUGUAAUUGAAGUUAUGAGGCAUCUUGAGGGAGCCUAUGCUCUUAUUUUCAAAAGCCAACAUUAUCCAAAUGAAUUGGUUGCUUGCAAGCGUGGUAGUCCACUUCUCCUUGGUGUCAAAGUAAGGGUAAUCAUUUCUUCUUUUCCACUUAUUCUUUUCUUCUCUGACCUUCUACUGCAUUCUACAUCACCUGGUCUGAAAAAGCCAUGCAAAGAAUCUACCCCACCAGAGGGCUGA